CGAUUUUAUUAAAUAUAUAUACAUAUAUCUUUCAUCAAAAGAAAACAAAUACCUCAAUACAAGAACUAUUCACAUUUCUAGUUUACGGAACAUACAAGUAGCUUUUUUGGUGACGCCUUAGGAGCGGAGCGCUUUUGUCAAAGGUCCAUGUGAUGGCCGGGCUGUGUGAUUCAAAUAAGCCGACCGCACCAUCGGCUCCAGUCCCAACUAUCAGAGUCACUUCCCCAGACGUUGAAGAAAUCUUCAGAAAGUUUGACAUCAACAAAGACGGCUACAUCAGUACUUCUGAGCUGGAGGACGCUCUCUGGGAUCUUGACGCGGUACCAACGGAAGGACUGAUAAAGGCAAUCAUGGACCAGUACUGCAGACACGGUAACGACCAGCUGGAUCUGGUGGAGUUUGACACGCUUGUUGCAGACUUUAGAAGCAUCGGCAAUGUGGACCCAGAAACACUCCUUAAAACCUUCAACAAAAUGGACAAGGACGGCAGCGGGUUCAUAGACCUUGAGGAGCUGAGACAGGGACUUCAGGAAUAUUUCCGUGACGAGCCGGUGACAGAAGACAUCGUACAAACAAUCAUGGACACCGUGGACAAAAACAAGGACGGAAAGAUCAGCAUUGUGGAAUUUGUAAAUUUCCUAAACCUUUCAGUAUAGAUAAUAAAGAAAUAUAUUCCCUUUUA